AUGUGGGUCCGUGGCUGUGGCUGGCCUGCGGGACUCUUCCUCUCCCCUGUGCGGGUGGGCGCGGAGGAGAGGCGGGCACGAACCGAGGGGCAGAUGGAGGUGGCUGUCCUGGUCCCCUGCGUGCUGGGCCUCCUGCUGCUGCCUCUCCUGACCGUGCUGCUGAUGGCCCUGUGUGUGCGUUGCCGCAAACUGCCAGGCUCCUAUGACAGUGCGUCCUCAGAUAGUACAUACCCAAGGAGCAUCUUGAUCAAACCACCUCACACGCUUGCCCCCUGGCCACCUGCCAUGUCCUAUCCACCCGUUAUCUCCUGCCCUCCCCUGAGCCAGCCGGACCUGCUCCCCAUCCCGAGAUCCCCACAGCCCCCUGGGGGCUCCCACCGGAUGCCACCUUCCCGGCGGGAUUCAGAUGGCACCAACAGCGUGGCAAGCUACGAGAACGAGGGUGUGUCUGGGAACCUGGGUGCCCAGGCUGGGUGGGGAGGCCGGGGCAUGUCCCCGGCCAUGCUGACCCCUGCAUCGUUACCCCCAGAGCCAGCCUGUGAGGACGCGGAUGAGGACGAUGAUGAGGAAGACUAUCACAACGAGAGCUACCUGGUGGUGCUACCCGACAACACCCCGGCCACCAGCACUACUGUCCCAUCUGCUCCUGGGCCCAGCAACCCUGGCCUCCGAGACAGCGCCUUCUCCAUGGCGUUCGGUGAGGACUACGUGAACGUUCCCGAGAGUGAGGACAGUGCAGAAGCAUCUCUGGAUGGGAGCCGGGAGUACGUGAAUGUGUCCCAGGAACUGCAGCCGGCAGCCAGGACCAAGCCUGCCACCCCGAGUUCCCAGGAGGUGGAAGAUGAGGAGGAGGAGGAGGAAGGGGGAGCUCCAGAUUACGAGAACAUGCAAGAGCUUAACUGAGGCUGUGUGAGGAGUGUCCUGGAUCCAGCCUCGCAUGGGAGGGCUGAGCUGGGCAGAGGAAGUGGCUCUGGGGGUCCCCCCGGCGCCCUCCCCUGGCUCCAGCCUGACAACAGCCUGAGAAUUUCUCCUAACUUAUUGUCACUUUGGGGUCCAGUCUGUGUCCCCCAACACUCUGCACCUUCUGACGCAGCCUGAGAAUGAGCUACUCUGGCCCCAGCCCUACUCUUUGUAAUAGAAUAAAGGCCAGUGUAGUCUGUCAUCCUCUUGGCUUUGGGGGGGCCAGUGGGUCAGAGUCAG